GGGAGAGUCAGACACUUUAAAGAAAGGAAGUGUCUUCAAGACCCCGAUAGGACAGAAAUUAUCUCUGUUUGUUCUGGUUAAUGGAAGAACACAGAGCAAAGAAGAGAGAAAGAUACAUGCUGGAUGUUGGAUGUUGGAUUUAAUUUACAGUUCUCAAGUCCUCAUUUGAUUCCCGUCUACAGCAAGAAAGAGCGACCAAGGUGCAGCCAUGGACAUUGGUGGCUUGGAGACAGUGGUGGCAAACUCUGCCUACGUUUCAGCCCGUGGCAGUGUGGAUGGAGCUGCAGCAGCCGCCAUGCGCGACAAGAAGAUGCGUGCCAGGCUGAAGCUCCCACACAUCAGAGAUUGUGAACACAUGAAAACAUCCAUAGACUCGACCUUUGACAGCAUGUGUGUCAAACAGCCCAUCGGCAAGCGCCUGUUCCAACAGUUUCUGGUGGGUGACGCCACCCAUAAAAAUGCUGGAGAGCUGUGGAAAGACAUUGAAGACUACACCGUCAGCCAAGAGAAGGACAGAGUGCAGAAGGCCCAGAAAACUGUCAAUAAAUACUACAAGUCAGCUUCAAAGAAUUUUUGCAGCUUCCUGGAGGAGAAGGCCGUCACCCGGGUUGUUGAAGACUUCAAGAACGUCCGUGGUGACCUGUUUAAAGAGAGCGAGCAGCAGCUGCUCAAACACCUGGAGAAGAAUGCCAUAGAUGGCUUCAAGAACAGCAUGUACUUCCUGCGCUUUGUUCAGUUUAAAUGGAUGGAGAGCCAACCUUAUGAUGAGGAGUGGUUCAUGGACUUCAGGGUCCUGGGUAAAGGAGGUUUUGGGGAAGUGUUUGCUUGUCAGGCUAAAGCAACGGGCAAAAUGUAUGCCAACAAGAAGCUGGACAAGAAGAGGCUGAAGAAACGCAAAGGCUACGAGGGAGCAAUUGUGGAGAAGCGCAUCCUUGCAAAAGUUCACAGCCGCUUCAUUGUGACGUUGGCUUACGCCUUCCAGACCAAGACUGACCUCUGCCUAGUUAUGACCAUCAUGAAUGGUGGAGACCUCAGGUUUCAUAUGUAUAAUGUGAAUGAAAAGAAUCCUGGCUUUGAUGAAAAGAGAGCGUGUUUCUAUACAGCUCAGAUCAUCUGUGGGUUGGAGCACCUUCACCAGCACAGAAUCAUCUACAGAGACCUCAAACCAGAGAACGUACUGCUGGAUGAUGCAGGACACGUCCGCCUGUCAGAUUUGGGUCUGGCUGUUGAACUUCCACCAGGAAAAGACACAACUACUGGAUAUGCAGGAACUCCAGGUUUCAUGGCUCCAGAGCUGCUCCAGAAGAAGCAAUACGACUACUCUGUGGAUUAUUUUACGCUGGGAGUCACCCUGUUUGAGAUGAUUGCCGCCAAAGGGCCCUUUAGAGUACGAGGAGAGAAGGUGGAGAAUGAGGAGGUAGCUCGCAGAAUCUUAAAUGAUCCUGCUUCAUAUACACCAGCUUUCAGCAAAGACUGCAAGGACUUCUGUGAAGGCCUGCUGAUGAAGGAUCCAGCAAAACGCCUCGGGUUUAAAGAUAAUAAUUGCGAUGAGCUCAGGAAUCAGCCCUUCUUCAAAGAGAUUAACUGGGGCCGAAUGGAGGCAGGUAUGCUACCUCCACCAUUUGUACCGAGUGCUACGAUGGUCUAUGCCAAAGAUAUUGACGAUGUGGGCGCCUUCAGCACGAUCAAAGGUGUGGUCCUGGAUAACAAGGACACUGAGUUCUACAAUGACUUUGCUUCUGGCAACAUCCCAAUCCCCUGGCAGGAGGAGAUGAUCGAGACAGGUGUGUUUGGAGAGUUGAACAUCUGGGGAGAAAACGGCAAGCUGCCCAAUGACCUCGACCCAAACUUUGUGGAAGCCAAAGGUGGAGGCUGUGUGCUGCUUUAAGUUGCAACAGAUGGAAUAUUUAUUGAAAUCAAACACAUUUAGGUUCAGUAUGUAUUCAAUUGGUGCCACUUUAUUCUAAUCUGUAUUAUCUGUAAUUUGUACAAUAAUGAAUGAAGAUAAUUUGUGUAUUUCUAUACCAAGAUAUAAUUAUUAUGUACCCGUACUGUACCUUUUAUAGUGUUAAAGUGGCAGCACAGACAAUUUUAAUAAGUUAUUUUGUAUAGAAACUACAUGCAAUAUUUAUAUAAAUUAUUUUGACUAAAGAAAAGCAACUGUAUUGACAUUGUGAUGCCAUGUAAUUAUCUUUAUUAUUUAUUUAUUUAAAUAUUUAUUUAUUCAUCAUAUAAGAAAUGGCAUUUUAGUUAUUAUUAAGGUAAACAUUGUAGACAGAGGAGUUGAAAGCAAUCAAUAAAAUCUUCCAAA